CUCAACACCGCCUAUUUGUUGUCAUGGCUACUCUAACACCAAUGGCAGGGGAAGCCAAUUCAUUGGCCUUGCUCAAUGAUUUACUGCACCCUCCAGAAAAAGAGGGCCAGGAUGAAGAUCAGCCAGAAAAGGUGACUCCUUCUCCAUAUGCCCACCCUGGCUCAAUUGGCCCCCCAGCUUCAUCAACCACUAGAGAGAAGGAGAGGAGUGACAAGGGUAUAUGGGACCAAGAGGAAGUCCAGGAAGCAACUGAAAUCGCCUUUGAUGAUGACAGAGCAGAACCAGAAUAUGAAAUGAUGUUCAAGCAGGCAGUAACUACGGAAGACAUAUUCCUUGGCAUGACAAACAAGACACCACUCACUUCAGCUUGCGAAGACUUGUUUUUAAGAAUACACCUUCCUAAUGUACAGUAUAAGGAUGUGGAUUUGGUAGUAACAAGCAAGCACAUUGAUUGCCAGACUCCAAUACAUCAUUUAGGUCUAUAUCUUCCUCAUACAGUCGAUCACAAGAGUGGUAAAGCAAAAUGGCUAAGCGAAGAGCAGAUAUUAGAAAUAACACUAAGAGUGACAAGGGAAUAUGAUUUCCUUAAUAAAUGAAUAAUGAAGAAAUGAACUUGAUAUCUCUGAGACUAUAAUGAAUCCAUUCACUCCUUUUAAUUAUUUUAAUCCUCCUUUUCUUUGUCGCUCUCGUUUCUCUGCCUUAUUUCUUUUGUAUCCUUCUUUGUCUUCUCUCUCCCUCUCUGUCUCUCUCUCCAAGAAUCCGUACAUUGAUGUUCUCUAAUUUUUGUUUACAGUAUCAUAUUGUUAUUGCAUUAGAAAUAUUUAAUUAGGGCAGUUAGAAUGACACUA